UUAGAUGGCAAUGUCAAAAGUCAAUCUAAUGUCAUCGUCAGUCUAAAAACUUUUAUCUUGUACUUGUAGCAACUUUUUUAACUAUGUAUUUAAUUACUCACAUUAAACGUUACUUUCUAGUCAUGUAAAAAGCAAAUAAAGUCGCACGUGAUCUGUAGUUGUAGAAAAUAUGGUGUCCAUAAUAAAAAAUCAACUUUUAAAACAUCUCUCUAGAUUUACAAAGAAUUUGUCUGCCGAUAAGGUGAACUUAAGCACCUUUAAAGGGGAGGGUGAAUUGACAAAUCUCGAAUUAAACGAAAUAGUUCUUACUGAUCUGUUGGAGCUGCCGUGUUGGUUACGCUUAUCCAAGGCGCUGUGUAAUAAAGUAACAUUUAGGAUACAGUGGACGAAAUUAAAGAGUGUACCAAUUCACCUUAAUUUGGACGAGGUUAAUAUCAUAGCGGAGACAUGCGAGGAGCUCAGGCCAAUGUCGGCGCAAGCCGGCUUAUCAUCGUAUGCGGGCGUCCCCGGGAAGUACAGUUUUAUUCACAAGGUGAUAGACGGAAUUACUGUGACCGUCAAUACGGUGAACAUAACGUUUAAUAGUCCAGCGUUUACGGCGAGCGUACAAGUCUCGAGGAUUAUAUUAGAAUCAAAAAGUCCCGGAUGGGAGAGGUCUGACUUGCGUAUGACGAGACUGAAGGAACCGGAUAAGGGUCAGCUACUGAUUUUUAAAGAGCUGGAGUGGCAAACGGUUAGGAUUGAAGCGAAAUCGACCAAAGAUAAGAACUUAACUCCCCUUAGGUUACUAACAAAUCAAGCGAGAUGUAGAAUAACUAUAAAAAAAAGACUGUCAGAUUGCUUUAUAAUGGGUUCAAGACUGGUGAUAAUAUUAGAUGACUUAUUAUGGGUAUUAACCGAUUCUCAACUGAAGGCUGCUCUACAUUUUCUGGACUCCCUAGCGGGGCUUGUACAAAAAGCAACUGCCUUAACUAGAAAAGCCAAAGCCGCACGGAAAUUAGAGGUAAGUUGUGAUGAACGAGUAAGUACCAAACAUAAAGAGAUGAAUGUGUUUGUUUUUUUUUAA